AUUCAGGUCGGACCAGCUUGUGACAUCUGGGCGUGAGAGGGCCACGCGUGGCCCAGUCGUGGAGCUGGCCUUCUCCCACCAACAUCUCUGGAGGUUUCCUAACGACAGAAUCUCCCAGGACUCGGCUUUACGUACUGUGGAUCUGAUGCUUCCUGCCAUCACAAUGGAAACGGAGGCCAGUCACAUGCUGGAGGCAGCACUGGAGCAGAUGGACGACAUCAUUGCAGGUUCAAAGGCAGCAGCGAUGGAGCUCUCCACCUCGGUCUACGACCUUGGUACGCCUGUGAAUGCCUAUCCGCUGCAGUUAGCCGAGGAGCUCAAACUCGCUCUGGAGGUUCAACCCAACCAGGAAGAGAGAGACAACCUCAGAGCUCAGCUGCCUCCAGAAACGGCUCAGGCUCUCAUCAACUGGCUGCAGACUGGAACUGUGAGCUGUUCUCCAGCCAAUAAUGAAACCUAUCAGGAACGACUGCUUCGACUAGAAGGAGACAAGGAAUCUCUGGUUUUACAGGAGCUGAUGAGCAGGACUUCUCUGGAGACUCAGAAGCUGGAUCUGAUGGACGAAGUGUCCUACCUGAAACUGAAGCUGGUCACCAUGGAGGAGACGCGAACCAACACAAACCCACAGGAUGCCGCCGACACAAAGAACAACAAAGCUGAGUGUGUGGUAAAUCUCAUCAGUGAGCUCCAGGAGCAGAUGUGCAAGUUUCAUGAAGAGAUCAGCACUCGCAUCCAGGAGAAACGAGCCCUCGAGGAGAAGGAAGCCCAGCAGGGGGACCUGGGUGGCGGCCCGGCUCAGGGCUGCGACCCUAAUGCCGGGUCCAACCCGAGCGGCGCUUCGCUGAAACGCAGUGGAGAGAGACAUACUGUGCCUGAUUUGCUUCAAGAAAUCAAACAUCUGACAAGCAAAGUGCAGGAGCUGGAGGGAGAAAAGAGCCUGUAUGAAAGGAAGCUCAGAGCCACCAAGGCAGAAAUCUCUGAGAUGCAGCAGCUUUUGGCCUCUAAAGACACAGAGAUCGAGUGCCUGCAGACCCAGCUGCUGGCCAGAGGCAGCAGCACCAACAACAAUGCAGAGAGAGACCAGGAAUACCAGAGGCUGAAGGUGGGGAUGGAGUCUUUGUUGGCUUCAAAUGAUGAAAAGGAUCGGCGUAUAGAGGAGUUGACUGUCCUGCUUGGCCAGUAUAGAAAAAUGAAGGAAGUCAUGGCACUCACACAUGGAAGUAGUGAAGAGGAGCUGAGCGGCACUCUGAAGCUAAAAGCUAUCACACACAAAGCUCAUUCUGACAUGAUCAGAUCAGAGAUUUCCUCAAGAGGAUCUUCUCCACUCAUGCUUACUUCAUCCCCCUUUCAGAGAGAUUUGGAUUCCAGUUUCCAGAACUCAGUGGACACGUCAUUUGUAACCACUGGUUAUACAAGUCUCAUAAAUGGAUCAUUGCAUCGACACAGAUUACUCUCCAGCAGUCUUGAAGAGUUGCAAAGUGGAAGUUUCCAAAAGAGUCCUCAAAUGGAGCUGAGCAAGUAUCAAACUCUGCCAGGGAAACUGAGUAAAAAGAAAGAACCCAAAGAAGAGCUGAACGGCCCUAGAGGCAGAGACACCGAAUAUUUAUCCCCCGUCCAGCUCUCACCGUCCCACAGCAGAGAGUACACCCUGAUUCGGUGCAGGAGUGCCAGCGCUCCAGCUUUAGACCAUCCGGCGGAGCUUGAGGAGCGUAUGCUAUCGGAUCAGUCCCCGCUAUCCUCUGGACUGGACUCAGGACAACAGUCGCCUGUCUCUCCUGAGAAAAGGAAGAACCACAGAGGCAUUAAAAAACUCUGGGGACGGAUUCGCCGCAGUCAGUCGGGCAGCCCAGUUCAGCUUCAUGAUCCGGAGCUGGGAGACUUCAAGAGAGGAGGCUUCAGAGCGACAGCUGGGCCGAGGCUGGCCCGUCCAGGGAAAACACGAGAUCUGAAGCUGCCAUUUUCUAAGUGGAACACCGAGCAGGUUUGCGACUGGCUUGAGGACAUCGGACUCGGUCAAUAUGCCCUCCUCGCUCAGCAGUGGGUCAGCAGCGGUCAGACUCUGCUCGCGGCUGCUCCUCACGACCUAGAGAAGGAGCUGUCAAUGAAAAACCCCCUCCACAGGAAGAAGCUCCAGCUGUCCUUAAAGAACGUCUCCAGCAAACAGCAGGAAAAAUCAGCAGAGCUCGAUUACAUCUGGGUCACUCGUUGGCUCGAUGACAUUGGCCUCCCCCAGUACAAAGACCAGUUUAACGAUGGGAGAGUGGACGGACAGAUGCUGCAGUACCUCACCGUGAAUGACCUUCUGUUCCUCAAAGUGACCAGCCAGCUGCACCAUCUCAGCAUUAAAUGUGCCAUUCAUGUGCUUCACGUCAACAAAUUCAACCCCAACUGCCUCAAACGCAGACCUGGAAAUGAGUGUGAGUUCAGUCCCAGCGAAGUGGUCCAAUGGUCCAACCACCGAGUCAUGGAGUGGCUGAGAUCGGUGGACUUGGCGGAGUAUGCUCCCAAUCUGAGGGGCAGUGGUGUUCACGGAGGGCUAAUAAUGUUGGAGCCUCGGUUUAACUCCGACACAAUGGCCAUGCUGCUGAACAUCUCUCCUCAAAAAACCCUGCUGAGGCGCCACCUGAACACCAACUUCAAUAACCUAGUGGGGGUUCAGGCGCAGCAGGAGAAGAAGGAGUACACCGAAGCAGCAGGAUAUUCCCCACUCAGCAUCACCGCUAAAGUCAAGCCAAAGAAGUUGGGCUUCUCUAACUUGACGGGCCUCAGGAGGAGACGGACGGACGAGUCCACAGACUACAUCUGUCCCGUAGAGUCUUCCUCGCCUGAGUCGGGACAGUCUGUAGCCAACGGGGUGCAGAUGCGCCCGUACACCGGCUUCAGGGGUCUGAGUCCCAUCCUGGACCGAGAGCUCCCCCGGGACCAGAUGGUGAACGCAGAGAGCACCAUUUUAGAAAUAGAAGCUUUGUCUGAAAGCAUCAACAACCUCACAGUAAGCACCAACACACACGAGCUGCUGCUUAAUGGCUCCUGCAGCUUGCUUCCUGUUGUCUGUAGCAACAGAAGCUCAAAUCUUUCAGAUGGAAACUUCAGUGGAAUAUUUGAGAAAAACAGCUAAUCAAUGUAAUGCUGCACAACUGUGUGAAAAUAAGGCAAUAGCACUAUUUUUUUUUACAAGUGAGAAACACAUUGUGGUGUUUUUCUUCUCACGCUCUCAGCUGUGUUUCUUUUUGCUCGGUUCUUUUCAGGUCAUCAUGUAGUUUUUUACAUCAUGAAAACGGCCUCAGUCUGUAGCGACAAAGAAGUUUCACCAUCUUGGAAAAUUUGAGUAUGGAGGGAAUUUUGUUCUAUUAU